AUGUCGGGGGAACGACCACCUAUGCCAGCUCCAGGCCCCGUCUUCGAUAAACUUGAGAACUUCAAUUUUUUGAUGUCGCGCCACGAUCCCGCGAACAAGACCCGACAGUACUCAUUUGACACUGAUGCAGGGCUGGUCCCGUUCGGCAACGUCAGCAUGGAUUACGAUCAGACAGAAGGCAUGGGCGGUCUAUCUGUCAGUUCCUACGAGAGUAUAGAUGACGACCGCAGCUCUCUUGAUCUCCGGGGCUAUCCCUACCAAGGCCCUCCCGGCGACAAGUCCGUCAACUACAACAUGCCAGAGCACAUGAUGCCCUAUCCAGCUCACUCAAUCUACCCGCCAAUCCACUAUCCGCCCGACGAGCUCGGCCAUGCACCAGGGGCCCUCACGCCAUCUGAUGUCUCCUCGUCUAUCUCCCCACCAAAUGGUCAGAUGGGCAACACCAAGUACAGCACUUCCAUCUCAAGCGACCGCAUCGCCGACGCCCUCAACCAAGAGGAGGGUGUCCGCGGCGCAGCUGAGGAAGAUCGUCGGCGUCGAAACACUGCCGCCAGUGCCCGCUUCCGCCAAAAGAAGAAGCAGCGCGAACAGGUCCUCGAACGCACUGUUCGGGAAACCACCGAGAAGAACGCCUCGCUCGAGGCUCGAGUUGCUCAGCUCGAGAUGGAGAACCGCUGGCUGAAGAAUCUCCUCACGGAGAAACACGAUGCCGGUCCUCGUCUGCCGCCUCCAGUGAGAGAUCCCGCCACCCUCGAGGUAAAAGGUGCUAGCGGCAGCACCAGACAGAAACAUAUUCAGCCCAAAAAGAAGGGCGUCGGCACCGAGGAGUGA